AACAAGACUUAGCUUGGCUUGGGAAUUAGAAGCGACAACUCAGACAGACUGAAAUUAAAUACCAGACAUACUUUGACUGAGACUGCCUUUACAGCACUGGGAAAUCACUUUUAAUUUGAAGAGAUCUUUGAUUUUGAAAAGGUGCUCUUUCGAUUGGAGAAGACGCACUACUUACCAGAAAUAAAGGACAUACUUUGCAAUCAAUUCUUUAUUUUUUUUAGAGCAAUUGCUGUUGCAGAAGAUGUGUUCCACUGCGCGUUUCAUCUUUUUAUCCAUGUGCGUAAUGAACGCGGCGCUUUCCACUCCGUUUGAAUCAGAGGAUAUUGUACCUGUUCGGAUAAAUGCAAGAACGAGCGGUCGCUUUUGGAAAAGAAGCGAGGAACAGCCGAGAUUUGUCCUUAGUGCGUUUGGCAAGGACUUGACUCUAAAUCUUAUACCAGAUACCAGCUUUAUCGCUCCUUCCUUCACCAUACAGCGUAUCAGAGCCAGAGAUGUUGGCGCUUUACGCAGCGCUUCAGGUGCCAAACCUGUCGCGGACGCAGAUCUCCAGAAAAUUAUGAGCCAGACAGAGGACAGUGAAGGACCGCUGAGGAGCUGCUUUUACUCUGGGAACGUAGACCACGACCAAGACUCGGUUGUGGCUGUCAGUUUGUGCUCCGGCAUCUUUGGUUCCUUCAUAACGGACGGGAAAGAGUAUUUAAUUGAGCCCAAACUUAGCGGCGAUCUAGGGCCAGACUCUGUCAAGCAGCUGCAUGUCAUCAAGAGGAGGACAUUCACCCAAAGCCACGGUGUUUCCCUCCUGUUUCAUCAUGCGGCGGGGGAGAGCCGAGCGGAGAAGCACAAUGGGGAAAAUUUUACGCACGGCGACAGUGACGCACAGAGGGAACCUCGCCGGAGACGCUUUGUUUCCGCGCCACGGUUUAUAGAGACCUUGGUGGUAGCAGACUCAACCAUGACCCAGUUCUAUGGAGAUGAAAUAAAGCACUACAUUCUGACCCUGAUGUCCAUGGCAGCUCAGCUUUACAAGCACCCCAGCAUAAAGAACUCCGUUAACAUGGUGGUGGUGAAGAUGUUGGUAGUGGAAGACGAGGAGGUUGGUCCAGAGGUGUCCAGCAACGGAGGCGUGGCUCUGAGGAACUUUUGCUCCUGGCAGCAGCUCUUCAAUCCACCAAGUCAGAGACACCCAGAGCACUAUGACACUGCCAUGCUGUUCACCAGAGAGGACAUCUGUGGACAGAAGAGCUGCGACACGCUGGGUGUGGCCGAUGUCGGGACGAUGUGCGAUCCGAAGAGGAGCUGCUCAGUUAUUGAGGACAACGGCCUGCAGGCUGCCUUCACAGCUGCACACGAGCUCGGUCAUGUUUUGAGUAUGCCUCAUGACGACUCCAAGACCUGUGAGAAGCUGUUCGGAGAUCUGGGAGGACAUUACCUGAUGGCUCCUCUGUUUGUCAGCCUCAACAAGACGGCCCCCUGGUCUCCCUGCAGUGCUCUCUACAUCACUGAGUUCUUUGACAACGGACAUGGGGACUGUCUGCUGGAUGUCCCAGAGAGUACCAUGCCAUUACCAAGAGAGCUUCCAGGCACCAAGUACAGCCUGGACCAACAGUGCCAGCAGAUUUUUGGAGAGGAGUUCAUCCACUGCCCCAACACCUCAGACAGUGAUAUCUGCAGCCAGCUUUGGUGUCGAGAGGAUGGGACACCACAGUGCACCACCAAGAAUGGCAGCUUGCCCUGGGCUGACGGCACCCCCUGUAGCCUCAACGGGACCUGUCUCCAUGAAGCAUGCUUGUCCACCCAUGAGGUGAUGAAGCCACUGGUGGUUGUGGACGGCGGCUGGAGCUUGUGGGGACCGUGGCAGCAGUGCUCCAGAACAUGUGGAGGUGGGGUGGAGUUCUCCUAUAGGGAGUGUUCUGACCCUGUGCCUCAGAACGGAGGGAAGUACUGUGAGGGACAGAGAGUCCAGUAUCAGUCCUGCAACACACAGCCCUGUGACAACUACGAGGGGAAGAGUUUCAGAGAGGAGCAGUGUGAGAAUUACAACAGCCCCCACUACCUGGACCACAACGGGAACAUGAAGCAGUGGAUACCAAAGUAUGCUGGUGUGUCUCCCAGAGAUAGAUGUAAGCUGUUCUGCAGGGCCAGAGGCAGCAGUGAAUUUAAGGUGUUUGAAUCCAAGGUGAUUGAUGGGACGACCUGUGGCCCUGACACAACAUCGGUGUGUGUCCAAGGCCAGUGUGUGAAGGCAGGCUGCGACCAGGUGAUUGGAUCCAACCUGAGAGUGGAUAAGUGUGGAGUGUGUGGAGGAAGUGGGCUCACCUGUAGAAAGAUCACAGGCUCCUACAAUAAAGCAAUCUAUGGGUACAGUGACAUUGUGACAAUUCCCAUUGGCGCCACUAAUAUCGACAUCAAACAGCGGAGCCACAGAGGAAUCAAACAUGAUGGGAACUACCUGGCUAUAAAGAGAGAGAGUGGUGGUUACAUCCUCAAUGGUAACUUUUCGGUGUCCACAGUGGAGCAGGACAUUCCUGUGCUGGGUGCUGUGCUGAAGUACAGUGGUUCCUCUACCACACUGGAGAGGAUUCAGAGCUUCAGGCAACUGAAGGAGGCCAUCACCAUCCAACUCCUGGCCACUGCGGGGGAUGCCAAUCCUCCUAAGGUCAAAUAUACCUUUUUCAUCCCUAGAGAUGUGACCUUCAAUAAAUCAAAGGACAAGAAGGGCUCACUGCCAUCUCUACACAUGAUCCAUCCCUUCGGUGUGCCGGAGUGGGUGCUGGGGGAAUGGUCUGAGUGCUCCAAAAGUUGUGGAUCUGGAUGGUCCAGAAGGAUUGUUGAAUGCAGAGACAGUGAGGGCUUCCUCUCCAGCCAGUGUGACAGAGACCUGAAACCUGUAGACAUCAGGCCUUGUGGGGAUCUGCCAUGUCCCUUAUGGCAGUUGGGACCUUGGUCCACCUGCUCACGAACUUGUGGCCAGGGGGAACGUCGCCGCAGUGUCUUCUGCAUAGACUACACUGGGAAGACUGUUGAGCCAGAGAAGUGCGAUCCGAACAAAAUCCCUGAGCCAGUCUCCGGAGUGUGUUUCAACCAGGAGUGCUUAUGAAGAACAUGGGUUCAGUGAACUUUCCCAUUUUGGUCUGACUGCACUUACUAACCAUGAACGGGUUACUGAACAGUCAUGCUAGGGGCAGGCCCAGGAGCCCAAGGGGUCAACAGAUGUAAUGACUACAAAGAGAUGCAAAAUGACCACAAAGAGACACAAAACAGCUACAACAAGAUGCAAAACAACUACAAAGAUGUGCAAAAAGACCACAGAGACACAAAACAACCAGAAAGAGACACAAGUAACUACUACGAGACACAAAAACAACAAAGGACAAGCAAAAUGACUACAAAGAGAUAUAAAACAACCACAAAGAGACACAAAAUGACAGACUCUCUGUGUGUUUUUUGUGUCUCUGAGAUUCUGACGGCUCUGGGUUCUAUAUCUGAGGGGUGGGGGCCCUUUUACAGGUCUGUGCCCAAGGACCCACUGUCUCAAAAUCUGUCCAUGUUACCAACUGGUCGCAUCAAGUCACAUCAAGGGCAUUCGCCUGAAUUUUGCUUAGUCAUCUUUUGUUGACAUUUAACAACCACUAUUGAAAUUUGAAACAAUGGAAAUCUACCUCAUGUGAUGUAUGUAUAGACUCUAGAUGAAGGUGCUGUGUGUAUGUUUUCUCUAGAAUGAGAAGUUUUCUAGUCCUAUUUUGAACAGAAACUAUUUUUUGGGAUAAAGUUUGGCAAAAAUCUGCAGUUCUUAUGUUAGUUGUCAUUUAAAGUGGGGCUAGAACAAUGGCAUGAAACCUGCUGUCAAACACCAGCACAGUGUAAAUAUACCUCCAGUUGUCCUCUACAGCACUCGAUCCCAUAUAAAGCUUUGAUCAAGCCAUGUACCUUAGCCGUUAAUGAGGUAGGUCCACAUGAUUGAGGCAUUGGCGAUUUGCUCCUGUUUGAUUCCUUAUCUUUUCUGCACACAUACCAGAAUGUGAUUGUGAUGAGAAUGUCAUUUAUCCUGAAACUUUGCAUUUUUGAACUAUGGGGAAACCAUUCACUGAUACUAAAUCUGACAAUACUUUGAGGGGCUCUCACUAAAAUGUACCAAUUAUGGCCUAGUUCAAAACAGGCUGUUUCAAUAGUGAACUUCACUUGUAGAAUUUAUAGACAUCAGUAGAAUUUGAGUUUACAUGCUGUGUACGUUUUUUGUUUUUUUUGGCCAAGAUAAUGACUGAUCAUUCCUGAUCAGAAAAACCCAUGACAGAGAAUUUCCCUCUGCUCUGUAGUUUAAUUUUAGCCUCCUCACAGGUGCAUUAUUCUGUAGUUGAGAGGAACAGUGGUACAAACAAUUUGCAAUGCAACAAAUGUUUCUUUGGAGGUGUUAAUACUAAGUUAUUAGCGUACUAUCUAUCUUGUAUAUGAAAAAUAACAUUGAUUUUAUUCAUUUUCAGACUUUUAUUUGUUAAUGCAUCUUUUGCAAACCCUCACAGUUGUUUUCAGACUCUGGUAUGUAUAUUUGAUUUCUUCAUUCCUGUUGUUAAUUUACAGUAUGCUAUAAAACAAAAGAGAUGAAGUAUUAGGCCUAUAUCCCUUCAGUGAAGGACCAUACUAUUUUAUUAUUACAGCUUCCUUUUUAAGCUAUUUAUUUUUGUAAUGUUUUUACCUUGGACAUGUAAUUAAAAUGGCAAAUGCUGCUGUCUUUGAGAUUUUUGUCAUAAAAAUGGUCAAAUAAACAC